AUGAUAUCAGACAUAUGAACUUUAUCUGAACAAAGCUCAUCUCAAGACCCCAAUACCAGUGAAAGAACUAUAUUUGUCCUUGGAGAAAGGAAGGCAGGGAAAUCAUCUUUGAUUAAUAACUUGAUAUCACAAAGCGCAAAUAAUGAAGAACCAAGGCCUACGGUAGCUUUAGAAUAUUAUUAUGCUCGAGCGCCUCUUGGGAUAAACUCUACUCGUGAUCUUGGCUAUAUAUAUGAAUUAGGCGGCGGCCGUCUCCUUGCAAAUUUAGUGUCAGUUCCAAUGACUGCAGAAACGCUUUCUGAGCUGAUGAUUGUGAUUGCUAUUGAUCUUUCACAUCCAUAUAAGGUUAUCGAUUCUCUUUUAUACUGGCUGCAAAUUAUUAGAAACCGAAUUAGUGAAAUUUUAUCACAUCUCCCUCCAAAAGAAGCCCAAAAAUACCAAAAACGCAUUACAAAAAAAUGAAGCAAGCAUGAAGAUUCUGCAAGGCUUGAGCCUAUUCCCGUUCCAGUUUAUGUUAUAGCGACAAAAUAUGAUGUAUUUUGUGAUCAAGAAAGCGAAAAUAGGAAAUGAAUGGCAAGAGCUCUACGGUAUUUUUGCCAUAAGAAUGGGAUUAGCCUUUUUUAUUGGUCUAGUAAAGAUCAGAAAUUGCUUGGAUCUUUAAGGAUGGUUUUGUCAUAUCAUUUGUUUGGAUCUCCUAUACGGAAAUUAAGCCAAAAAGACCAUGCGCAAGCAAUUCUUGUAUCUUCUGGAGAAGACUCUUUUCAAUCGAUUGGGCCGCCUCCAAAUGCUGCUAAAGGCUCAAAGGGUAAUACAGAUGAUGAGUGGAUUAAAGCAAUUCAGCAAAGCUUUCCAAAGCCUAAUAGGAAGUAA